AUGUCACUGUCAUCCCUCAUCCUGGCGCUGCUCGGAUGCCUACCUCUCUUGCAGGGGCAGCAGCAGUAUCCCGCCUUCCCUGCCUGGCUGUACUCCAUGCCUUGGCGUCCGCUGGUGCCGUCCACUCCACAGCAAUCCCCACUCUCGCAGUUGAGUCCCGGCUACACGGGUCCUCAGACCUUUCCUUCUUUACUGGGCCACACAGGACCGCCUGUUCAGGGAAGGUUCAGCCUGCCCUUCAGGCCCUCUCCCUUUUCGGGCUACACGGAUGACGAUGACGAGGAUCCGGGAGGAGGAUCUCUGGAGGAGCCAGCCAGAGAAAUAGAAAGAGUUGGACCAUUCGUCUACCUGUCCCCUGGCCGUCUGUACAACAUAUUUAGAUCAUAG